GGAAGAAAAGACACACUGGGAGAGAUCAGAGCGUACUUCGACUCUGUUGCGAUCAGCACGACUGUCGAGCUCUGAAAUAAUGUGAUAGAAGAGAAAAAGCGGGAUUACUUCUUCUGGGAGGAACCAGUUUUUCCACUUGAUAUGGAAUACAAGACUGUUCAGACGGAAACAGUUACAGCUCAGCCUCCUCCUUAGUUUUUGCUGAAGGAAUCAACUUGGAAAUAUCAAGGGAUUUUUUUGUUUUUCUGGUGAUUGUCAUUCUGGGCCCUCUUGACUCGGCACGUAGGGCGCUGAAGAGAUUUGGGGUCAAAGAAGAAAACUAGAAAGGCUGUGAUUGACAGCUAUGACCAGUUCUGUUGCAUUACUGAUGGUUCCAGUCAGAGGUUGACAUUUACAGCUGCAGCCUCAAGAAGCUCUGAACUGUUGUCCAAAGUGACACUUCUCCAUAGCAUAGUCAAUCAGAGAUAUUUACCCAGACAUCGCAGGUUCAGCCAUGCGCCUCCCGUCGGUCCACUUUGACCUCCUGCUCCUGCUGGCUGUGCUCCUGUUGUGGGGACCUCUGGGGUCCAGGGGCCAGAAUGACACAGAGCCCAUCAUCCUGGAGGGGAAGUGUUUGGUGGUAUGUGACUCCACACCUUCGUCUGAGCCCGCCGGCAAUGCCCUGGGCAUGUCUGUUCGCUCCGGCUCUGGCCGAGUGGCCUUCUCUGCCAGCCGCCAGACCAACCACGAGCCCACAGACAUGAGCAACCGCACCAUGAUCAUCUACUUUGAUAACAUUCUGGUUAACGUUGGGACUCAUUUUGACCAAGAGAGCAGCGUCUUCCUGGCACCCAGGAGAGGGGUGUACAGCUUCAACUUCCAUGUCGUGAAGGCCUACAACAGGCAAACUAUCCAGGUCAGUCUGAUGGUGAACGGCUGGCCGAUGAUUUCGGCUUUCGCUGGGGACCAGGACGUGACCAGAGAAGCUGCCACCAACGCCGGCCUGGUGAUCAUGGAGAAGGGGGACAAGGCCUACCUCAGACUGGAGAGAGGCAAUCUGAUGGGAGGCUGGAAGUACUCCACCUUCUCUGGGUUUCUGGUUUUCCCCUUGUGAGGAAGGCGGCAGGUGACGCGAAGUUGAUAGGUGAAGAAUUUGACAGAACAAGAGUGAGAGUCAGUGAGAGAAACAUAAGGAGGUGGUGGAAAGUCUUCAAUCUGUAGCUCUACACAGCACGAGAGGGAGACUUUAUGCAAAAAUAAGAUAAAGAUUGUACAAAAAUUCUCACCUGAGACCAAAAGAAACGUAUAAAAAAGAGGCAAACACAAUAAGUAAACAUGAAUUGUCUGUGGAAUUUAUUUGCUCUGUUUCUGUGUAUCAAUACAUGUUGGGUUUGUAUAAGAGAUAUUUUAAUUGUGACCAAAUUCUAAAAUAGCCAUGUGCAAUGUGGGCUUUUGUGCUAAGAAUAUGUGAAAGCCUUUUUUUCCUCUCUCAUACAACAUGCUUAAAACACUGCUGUGCUCCACAUGGCAUCUUGUCUAGCUUCAAACGAACCGUAGUGUGCUGUAUGACUGAUGCUCCUCUAUAUGCCUGUUAGUAUCCUCCAACAAAUGUUUAUUUACAGAGAAAUUUCUAUUGAGAACAAAGAAUUAAAAUAAAGCCAUCUAAAUUUG